AUGUAUAUUUUGUCAAAGGUUACAUUCAAAAUUACAUUGACUUCAGAUCCUAAAUUACCAUUUAGAGUUGUUAGUGUACCAGAAGCUACUCCAUUCACUGCAGUUUUGAGAUUUACUUGCGAACAAUUUAAUGUACCUUGGCAAACUUCAGCUAUUAUUACAAAUGACGGUAUUGGAAUCAAUCCAUCACAAACAGCAGGAAAUGUAUUUUUAAAACACGGUAGCGAAUUGAGAUGUAUUCCAAGAGACAGAGUAGGAUCAUCACUCUAA